GGCGGCUGGGACACUCUGGAGCACUAUCUGGACAAGCAUGACCCGUGCCGCUGCUCGUCCUCGGCCCACCGCCCGCCCCAGCCCAGGGCUCGCACCUUCUCCCCACAGAGGGUGUCGCCCACCCCCAGCCCUCGCGCUGGCAGCCCAGCCCCUGGGGGCGAGCGACGGAGCUCCCGGCCAGAAGUGACGCCCAUGAGCCUACGCACCUCAAAGGAGGGAACAGAGACCCCCCUCAGGGCCCGGGACCAGCUGCCCCCCCACCCCCGCUCCCGCCGCUACUCCGGGGACAGCGACUCCUCAGCGUCCUCAGCCCAGAGCGGCCCCCUUGGUAUCCGCGGUGAAGACUCAGGCACCGGCCCCCGGAGGGAGCGGCCCAGCCAGCGGCUGACCACAGGCACCCCGGCCUCCCCGAGACGGCCCCCCGCCCCGCGCAGCCAGUCCAGAGACCGACUGGAUCGGGGGCGGCCCUGUGGGGCCCCCGGAGGCAGGGCAGCCCAGCUGUCGGCCCCCAGCCCCGCCCGGCGGGCCCGGAGCCAGAGCCGUGACGAGCAGACCACGCUGCUGGUGCGCAGGGACCGAGACGGGCAGCACUCGUGGGUGCCCCGGGGCAGGGCCAGCAGGGGCUCGGGCAGGAGCAGCCCCCAGACUGCCCGGGCUCGCAGCCCUGCGGCGCCCCAGCCUCUCCGGGUCUCCAGCCCCACCCCAGAGGCGGGCGCCACACCGGCCAGUGCCUUCCGCACCCCGCUACAGCUUGACCCGAAGCAGGAGCAGCAGCUGUUCCGGCGCUUGGAAGAGGAGUUCCUGGCCAAUGCCCGAGCCCUUGAGGCCGCUGCUGGCGGGAGCCCCGCAGGACCAGCCUCUGACCCAGCUCGGGUCCCAGACCCCUCAGCUCCUGACUCGGCCUACUGUUCCUCCAGCAGCUCCUCUUCAUCCCUCAGCGUCCUGGGUGGCAAGUGUGGCCAACCUGGGGACUCUGGCCGGAUGGCCAAUGGGCUGCCCGGGCCCCGAGGCCCAGUCCUAUCCAGCUCUUCUGAUGAAGGCAGCCCCUGCCCUGGUGUCGGGGGCCCACCAGACGCACCUGGAAGCCCCCCGGCUGGCCUGGAGCUCCCAAGGACCUGGGCACGGGGCCGGAUGGACACACAGCCAGACCGAAAACCCUCACGCAUCCCCACGCCUCGGGGCCCUCGACGUCCAUCUGGAUCCACAGAGCCUGGGUCCUGGCAUGCCCUGCACUCUGUGAGCCCAAGGGCAGAGCCGGAUUCCUGGAUGUGAUGAAACAGCCCAGUUGCCCCCUCCCCACCCCAGGCCCACAUUCCUUCUCUUCCUUUUCCUUCGUGGCCUUAACCCCUCUGCAUCAGGGAGCCCCCCCACCCCUGUCUCUCGGGUACCAGACCUCAUGGGACCAGACCCCUUGGGACCACAUGGCACAAUGGGACCUCUGUCGUACAUUCCGGUUGGGGGAUGAGCGUUGCUAUUUAAUUACUAAUAUUAUUGAAUGCCUUAGAGGAGGCCAAUGAGGACCCCUCCUGAGGUCCUGUGGCCCUGCAGAGCCUGACAGUAAAGUAUUGUUCCAGCCA